CCGGGGGCGCGCAUGUCCGGCCCCGCCCGUUAAAUUCCGGCGGGCCGGGCCGGACCGGGACCACCGGCCCUGCACCUGCUGCUCUCGCCAUGGCCACCGACACCGAGCCCGGCCGCCGCCGCCGCUGCUGCUGCGCGCAGGACACGCCCGAUGUUCCCAAGGUCCCGGAUUCCCGCGGUGACAGCGAUGGCCCCCGCCGGGGCUCCCUCUGUGACCGGCACUGCGCUGCCAUCAACAACGUGCAGGGAGACCUGGGGGAGCUGGGCUGCCACCUGCACCGUCCCCGUGUCCCCACAGCCACGUCCACCCCGUCCUGCUGCCAGCAGCACUCAGAGGAGGUGUGCGAGAGCUGCGUGGUGAAAACCACCCUGACGGCCGAGAACGCCGUGGAGGCCAACAAGCUCUCCAACAACUACAAGUUUGGCUUCAAGAAAUGGAAGAGCCACGUGACGGCGCGGCCCUGGGAGGACCGAUCGGAGAUUGUCAAGGAGCUCUACUCUGACCUCAAUGUCAUCCGAGGUUCUGGAGGGUCCACGCUGACGUGUGGGAAUGUCCUUUACCUGCUGCUCUUUGGCUGGUGGCUCUCGCUCCUCUACGUCCUCGUGGCUGCCGUGAUGUUCCUCACCGUUCUGGGGGCUCCUUAUGGGCGGCUCUGCUGGGACCUGGCCGGGUAUUUCCUCUGGCCCUUUGGCAAAGUGAUCCAGAAAGUGGAGGUUCCCAAAUCCCACCAGGUGUGUGAGGCCGGCGUGGGGGAGAGCUCAGCCCUGCUUGGGGGUCCCACACCGCGCCGCUGGCUGCCACGGUGCCGGGUGGGCACCGGAUACUGGCGCCGUGCCGGCACCGCGGUGUGGCUGUGCCUGGGCUACCCGCCGCUGGCGCUGGCCCACGGGCUCGUGUGCGUCACCGCGUGGCUCCUCAUCGUCCUCAUCCCCGUGGCCAAGCUGAGCGCCCGCGCCGCCUCCCGCGUCUUGCUGCUGCCCCCGGAGCGCGCGCUCAUCCGCCGCCUGAGGAUGACAGAGGUGCCUCUGGAGGGAGAGGUGAUUCUCUGCUGCUAUCGCGCUGCCAACCCCUACUACUACAAAUACGCCGUGGAUGGCAUCAAUGUCUUCGCCGUCAACCUGCUGCCCCUGGUGCUGGUGACGCUGGUGCUGGGCUACGUGGACAGCCCCAACCACCUGACGGGCUCUGCCGUCAAGUUCACCUUGGCCCUGCUCUCCAUCAUGCCCCUCUCCUACUACAUCGGCAUGGCCAUCGCCAGCAUCUCAGCCCAGAGCAACUUUGCGGUGGGGGCGGUGGUGAACGCCACGUUCGGCUCCAUCACCGAGCUCACCUUCUACAUCACCGCCCUCAUCAAGGGCUCGCGUGAGGGCAACCGCUGCUACGCCGAGGUGGUCAAGUCGGCCUUGACAGGGACGCUGGUGGGCUGUGUCCUCUUUGUGCCGGGUCUGUGCAUGGUGAUCGGGGGCAUCCGGCACCAGGAGCAGCGGUUCAACAGCCGCUCUGCGGGCGUCAGCUCAGCCCUGCUCUUCCUCUCUGUGGGAGGUGUCUUUGCCCCGACGCUCUUCUCCAAGGUGUACGGGAAGCUGGUGUGUGGUGAGUGCCACAACGUCACCCAGAACCCGCUGGGCCACUACCUCUGCCACAACUGUCACUUUGACCUGAUGGACAACAACGGCACCCUCUACUACAGCCACGUCCAACCCCUGGUGUACACGGUGUCCAUCCUGCUCCCUGCUGCCUACCUCAUCGGGCUCUUCUUCACCCUCAAAACCCACACGCACAUCUACGACAUCCACGUCAGCGACUGUCACAUGCCUGGCCACCACCACAGCGCCGUGGUCCACUGGUCCCGCUGGCGAGCCCUGGUCAUCCUCCUGCUCUCCACCCUCUGCAUGUCGGCCUGUGCUGACCUGGCCACGGAGCACAUCAGCCCCAUCCUCACCAACUCCACCAUCUCACAGUAUUUCAUCGGUGUCACCGUGCUGGCGAUGGUGCCUGAGCUGCCGGAGAUCGUCAAUGGCAUCCAGUUUGCCCUGCAGAACAAUCUGAGCUUGAGCAUCGAGAUCGGGAACUCCAUCGCGGUGCAGGUCUGCAUGCUCCAGAUCCCCAUCCUGGUGCUCUUCACCAUCUUCUACCCGACCAACUUCACACUUGUCUUCAGCGACCUCCACGUCUACGCCAGCAUGUUCAGCGUGGUGCUCAUGAACUACAUCUUCAUGGAUGGCAAAUGUGACUAUUUCCAAGGCACGGUGCUGGUGAUGGUUUACUUCAUCCUCCUGGCUGUGUAUUUCUUCGCUCCCUCGCCCAGCGGCUGCUGAGGUUUGGAUUCUCCUUUCUCCAACCCCCUGCUUGGGAUCAGGACCCAUCAAGACCUUUUCCGGUGUCUCAGGGACUUGGCCGGGCUGGCUCCGGUCUGGAAGCGCUGUUUCCUGAAGCUGCUGCUGCUGUUGGGCUCCCUCUGUGGGGCUUUGGGGAUGGGAAGGGUGGUGGCAAUGGAAUCACUCCCAAAAUGAGGAACCUCAAAGCCUGAGCACGUCACAGAGGCAUCUCCAGCCCACUCUCGAGUGGCUGGAAGGAAAACUGUCCUCAGUGGAGGGUCUUGAAGGGGAUUUCUGCGUGUCUCGAGGACAGAGCCCUCCCUGGGGAUGUUCUGCACUGGGAGAAGGUGCCUGAGAAGUCCCUCAUCCUUCCAGGCCUGGGAGAGGCCUGGGAAUUGCACAUGGGAUGUUUGAUGGCUCCAGAAAUGCACCCAAAGGUAUUUUCAGCUGGUUUGUUAUUAAAGCAGUUUUGUACAAAUCAGAAACAA